UACUGGUAUUUGUGUUUAUAUUUCAGUCUGUUAAAGUGUUUUUUGAUACGUGUGAUAACCUACUGGUAUUUGUAUUUAUAUUUCAGUCUGUUAAAGAGUUUUUUGAUACGUGUGAUAACCUACUGGUAUUUGUGUUUAUAUUUCAGUCCGUUUAAGAGUUUUUUGAUACGUGUGAUAACCUACUGGUAUUUGUGUUUAUAUUUCAGUCUGUUAAAGAGUUUUUUGAUACGUGUGAUAACCUACUGGUAUUUGUGUUUAUAUUUCAGUCUUUUUUUGAUACGUGUGAUAACCUACUGGUAUUUGUGUUUAUAUUUCAGUCCGUUCAAGAGUUUUUUGAUACGUGUGAUAACCUACUGGUAUUUGUAUUUAUAUUUCAGUCCGUUAAAGAGUUUUUUGAUACGUGUGAUAACCUACUGGUAUUUGUGUUUAUAUUUCAGUCCGUUAAAGAGUUUUUUGAUACGUGUGAUAACCUACUGGUAUUUGUAUUUAUAUUUCAGUCUGUUAAAGAGUUUUUUGAUACGUGUGAUAACC